AUGUCUGGCAGACGUCUCCGCGCCUCGCAAAAUCCACCCCCGCCUCCAACGCCUCCCUUCCACCAGGACGCUCGCGACAAGCCCAAGCAACCAGACAAAGCUUGGAACCUCGAAAUUCUCCUGCGGAUUCCUCGACUGCAGCAGCACGUCUUCAGCGAUCUGCAAGCCCGAAUUUCCCCUCCCCCACGUGUCGCGUCGCAUUUUGCGACGGGCGCGUAG